GUAAAGAGCUGCCGAGACAGACAGACAUAACUCUGAAGACAAAGGAUGCUGCUGCGGAACAGCGUCAGUCACGGAGGAAGUUAUAUUUAACAAAUAGUUCCGGACAAAACAAAAUCUACAUAUGGGAAUAGUUUUAGAUGCGCUAAUUCUUUUUUAACCGUAAUUGUUUUAAUUACAAGAAAAAUAACCAUCUACAGAGACCUUAAUGAUGCCAAAAUGACGAGCGGAUAAUAGUAACAGAGUCCAGAGGACCCAGGAGGUGCUGCGGUCAGCUUGUCGCCAUGGAGACUCCCAGAGUACCUUGUUGCUUGGGUCCAAAUGUUUACCCGGCUGUGCCGGACGGAGGCUGGGGCUGGGCCGUGGCCGUGACCUUCUUCAUGGUGGAGGUCAACACGUAUGGCGUCCUCAAGACCCUGGGAGUGUUCCUCCAGGAUCUCAUGGAGGAGUUUCGGGAGAGCAACAGCCGUGUCUCCUGGGUCAUCUCCAUCUCCGCGUUCAUCUUUGCCUUCACAGCCCCUGUGGCUUCGUUGCUCAGCAACCGCUUCGGCUACCGUCCAGUGGUCAUGAUGGGAGGCUUCCUCAUGAGUCUGGGGAUGAUCUGCUCCACCUUCACCAGCAGCAUCAACCAGAUGUACGUCACUGUCGGCAUCAUCUCAGGGUUUGGCUUCUGCCUCUCCUUCCUCCCCACGGUCACCAUCCUAGCCCAGUACUUCUCCAGGCGCCGAGCCCUCGUCACCUCCAUCGCUUCCUCUGGAGAAUCCUUCGCCAUAUUUGCUUUUGCACCCGCGUUCAGCAGACUGAAACAGGCCAUCGGGUGGCGCUGCUGCCUCGUGGUCCUCGGCGUCAUGCAGGCGUCUGUAGUUGUCUUCGGCGUCCUCCUGCGUCCAAUCAGCAUCGAGCCAGAUUUGGUGAGGGAGGACGGCGACUCGGACUCUGAGUCGGCCUCUCAGAAGCAGCAGAGCGCCUAUGAGCUGGAGAACGAACAGACCCAGACCUCGCUGUGCUCGGCCGUGUCCAGAGGCUCCGGGGACUCGGGCGUGACGUCCCUGUCCUCCUCCGACCAGGACCUGAGGGACAAUGCUGAGGAGGUGUCACUGCCGCCCAGCCUGGUCCAGGAGGACCCGAAAGGAGGGGCUGGGGCCGGGACUGGGAGCCCCGCCAGGCUGCUGGACUUCUCCAUGCUGAAGGACGCGUCCUUCCUGUGGUACUGUCUGUUCGGCCUGCUGGCCACGCUGGGCUUUUUCGCCCCACAGCUUUACAUCAUCGAGCUGAGCAAGAGCCGGGGCGUGGCCCCCAGCGUGGCCCCCAGCAUGCUGUCUGUGAUGGCCGUGGCUGAAAUCGUGGGGCGCUUCUCCAUCGGGGUGGUGAUGAACAGGGUGGGUUGCAGGAAGACCCGCGUCUUACUGGGCUGUGUGGUCGCCAUGGCGAUGGUUCUGCUGGCCUUCGCCGUGGUGUGGGAGUUCUGGGGCCUGGCGGUGUGCUGCACGCUCUAUGGCUUCUUCAUGGGCACCGUGGGCUCCACCCACAUCCCACUGCUGGCCGAGGACGAGGUGGUGGGCAUCGGCCGGAUGCCCGCCUGUGUCGGGGUCUACGUCUUCAUCCAGAGCUUCGCCGGCCUGGCCGGACCGCCGCUGGCAGGUGUGCUGGUGGACAUGACCAAGAACUACGGAGCAGCAUUUUACUCAUGUGCAGCAGGAAUGGGGCUCAGCGCUGUCUGCCUGGCUCUGGUGGGCGUGGCCAAGUCUGGUGCGUGCCGCAGAACAAGCAGGAGCGAGAACAAAGAAGGAGAAGAAGAGCAGGUGUCUCAGGAUAGUAAACCUUUAGACUUUCUGGAGGUGGACUUGAUGGAAACCAGUCCAGUUGAACAGACUGAGGUCGUCUGAGGUCGACCACAUCUGGAGAACAUCUGGUAGGAACCAAUAACAGGAUCCAGACGGGAGCUGCUGCUGAUCUCCAACCAUCAGACGUCUUAGUGUCUCUUUGUGACGACACAGAUCUGGAUCCCGCUGGAUGUGGAGCAGCUCUCUGCUGCAGCCACUUCAACAUCAGUCAUUAUGUUUGUCAUUUAAACUGUUCAGAAUGUGUGAAGUUUUUUUUAUAGCUUUUUUAAAAAAAAUUGUUUUGUCAACUUUUUAAUUAGGUGCCAGUCGGUUUACAUCCUGUGAAGUGCUGAACUGCUUCCACUCUUUUUAAAAAAAAAAUAAAUAAAAACUGAUAAG